AUGAAGAAUUAUCAUAUCUUAAAAAGCUUUUGUAAGAAGAUAUUCCUAAUCGGUUCAGGAAAUUUUUGGUACGAGGAAAGAGUAAUAGGAGACGAUAACAGAAUUUCUUAUAAAAUGUUAAAAUAUAUUUUAUUUUCCAUUUACGGAUUUAUGACCUUGUUUGAGAUAAUGGCCGCUUUAAUUGGAGACUUUCCUGAAGACGAGAAAAGCGAUUCCGUUACGUUCGCAGUGAGCCAUACAAUUGUAAUGAUAAAGAUAUUCUCAGUAUUAUCGAAUAAAGAACUGGUGAAGCAAUUGAUCAGUGAUCUUAUAAAGGUUUGCGAAGUACACGAGGACGAAAUUUUAAUGAAAGAAAAAUACAAAAUUAUAAAGAUCAAUGUCGCAGCAUAUUUCUUAGUAGUUUAUGGAUCAGCCGCGUGUUUUGUGUCUGAAGGUUUGAGGAAGAUGCUUGAAGGAUCUCACUUUGUUACGAUUGUGACAUAUUAUCCGCAAUUUGAAGACAACUCACCAAUAGCGACAGUCGUCCGAGUAUUUUCGACGAUUGUUCUUUUUAUCAUGAUGCUGACAAUGAUCGUGUCAGUUGAUGGUUUCACUGUAGCUAUUUUGAUAAUGCUUAAAUAUAAAUUCAUUACAUUAAGAAAUUAUUUCGAAAAACUGAGCGAUGAUUUUGAAAUGGCACUCAAAAGGGAAAACCCCAGAAUUGCAGCGGACAAACUGACAAAAGAUCUUAUCGAAGGCAUAAAGAUGCAUAAAGAACUUAUAAGACUCUCAAAGGAAAUCGACAAGGCAUUUGGCACAGUUAUGGCUUUGCAACUGUGUCAAAGUUCAGGCUCUGCUGUUUCGCUACUUCUGCAGAUAGCUCUUUCAGAUCAGCUAACAUUUGUCGCGGGAAUGAAGAUAUUUUUUUUCGUUUUCGCCCUAUUUUUUCUAUUGGGACUUUUUCUUUGUAAUGCAGGAGAAAUUACUUAUCAGGCGUCCCUGUUGUCGGGCUCCAUCUUCUAUUGCGGCUGGCACUUAUGUCCGUCGCAGAUUCCGCAGCAACGCGACCUAAGAAGCCUCGUGCUUUUAGCGUCUGCGCAAGCUCAGCGACCCCAGGUCAUGAAGGCUUUUAAAAUGCUAGAUCUAACAUAUGGGACAUUUCUCUUAGUCAUCAGAGGAACAUACUCAGUAUUUGCUUUGUUUUAUGCACAAAAUCAAUAAAUCAUAUGAAUUAAAAUUGUACAACCUCAUUGCACGCUAUCGAUAAAGUAUGUUCAAUUCGAUUCGAG